AUGUCGCAGAUAUUCUCAAUAUGGGUGGUCCCAUUCCACGUCUCUCCAGUCAGACUCACCACGGUCAUCAACCUUACCACGGAUUCAGGAGUCCAGAAGCCGUCAAUGGUGAACGGGAAUCAUACUCUCUACUACAUCACCAAGCAAGAAGAUCUUUACCAGGUGUCAGAGUGGAUCAAGUUUCUGGUUCCCCAUGUUGGGCAUCUCUUUGUUCUUGCUUUUCAAUCAUUUGCGACUCUCUUCUGUCUGCUUGGUGUUGUCAUCUUGUAUCCUAUCAUGUGGCUGGAGGAGAGACGUGUUAUUCCUUACAAGAUAUUGCGUAAGGGAAACCUUGUGUACAAUAUUGAGAGGAAGAUACCAGAGAUUAAGAAAGAAUGA